UGACAAAUCACAACUCAUCAAUACGAUGAGAUUACAAAACGUUUUUUAAUUAAAUGUACAAAAUGUUAUAAAAAAAAUAUCCGAAAUAUUCUUCUAAAUUAUUAGUGUAAACAAAUAACACAAAAAUAUUACAAAAUGAGUGGUGAUAAAAAAGGAAAAGAUGCACCGAAACCACGUACGAUACCCAAAUACAUGAACUUCAUCAUUGGAGGCACCGCCGGGAUGAUGGGAAUUACUAUAGUACAGCCGGCCGACUUGUUGAAGACCCGUAUGCAGUUACUGGGUCCCGCUGGCAAAAACGCGUCGUUAAUGAAGGUUGCAGGUGAUAUCCUGAGAAAAGAGGGUAUUCGAGGUUUCUACGUAGGUCUAUCGGCUGCCCUGCUCCGCCAGGCCACCUACGGCACUGGUAGGCUUGGCUGCUUCAAUGCAAUAUUCGACUGGCAUAAAGCUAAUCGCGGCGUUCCCAAUUUUCCAACGAAGAUCGUAAUAGGUGUGGUUUCCGGUGCUUUUGGAGCAUGGAUAGGCACACCUGCUGAAGUAGCGCUUAUUCGGAUGACUGCUGACGGCAGGUUACCGCCAGAAAAGAGGAGAAACUAUAAAAAUGCAUUCAACGCUCUCACCAGAAUAACGCGAGAAGAAGGCAUAACAACACUAUGGAGGGGCGCCGGUGCGACUGUCAGCAGGGCUAUGGUGGUCAAUGGCGCCCAACUGGGCUCCUAUUCCCAGGCUCGAGAAAUGCUUCUGCCGUACAUGUAUGAUGGCUUACCACUUCACGCAGCAGCAGCCAUGAUUGCCGGCUUCAUCACUAGUGUUGCCUCACUGCCCGUCGACAUUGUAAAGACCAGAGUACAGAACGCAGAAAAGGGUACGGGCCAAUUACAAGUUUUGAGGAGUGUCAUACAAAACGAAGGCUUUAUGACUCUCUGGAGCGGUUUGAUGCCGACCUACGCCAAAAUCGGACCUAUGACUAUAUUUAUAUUUGUAUUCUUAGAACAGCUCAACAAACUGUACCUCCGAGUAACAAGUUGAAUGUAAAUUGAAGUGGACGUGGUUGUCAAAAGAAUAAAGAGUCAAAAAUAAACCGUCAACAAUUGAAAGGCACGGGAAAAAAUUGAAAAAGGGAAAUAUUGAAAAAGAACAUUGCUUACAUACCAAUAUAAGAACAGUGAGGUACUUACUUAACUUAUAAAAAGAAACGUGUCGAGUUCAUACCCAUGUGAGUCAAGAACGAGAUGUUGUACGUGUUACUUACGUGUGGAAUUGGAGUAUACAAUUUUAAAAUAAUUAGUUCUGUGACAAUUAAAUAUAAUACGCAUCUAACGACCAAUUACCUGUACAGAAGCCGAAGAAGCAUAUUAUACAGAAGCAUUACACAAAUACCAUGUUUUGUCUGUGUAUUUUUAUUACCUCAUUUUUAUAC